AUCUCACCAAAACAGGUAACACAAUAUGGUACCGGCGUUACCCUGCGGACCCAAUAAUACGUGCCCACCCCCCGAGAAGGUACCAUUCAACAACUGACAUUUACGAAUAUCAUUUCACCAACAUCUUCUUCUCAAACGACUCAUCAUCUCUGUUGUAAGUGAGGGUGUUUUGUAGAAGAUAGACAGAGAUGAGUGAGGUGUUUGAAGGAUAUGAGCGGCAAUAUUGUGAGCUGUCUACAAAUUUGUCGAGAAAAUGUAACGCGGCUGGUUCGGUUCUUGAUGAAGAGCAAAAAAGCAAAGAGAUAACGGAACUACAAUCUGGAUUAGAUGAGGCAGACGUUCUGAUAAGAAAAAUGGAUCUUGAGGCAAGAAGUUUGCAGCCAGGUGUGAAAGCAAUGCUACUUGCGAAGCUUCGUGAAUAUAAAUCUGAUUUGACCAAAUUGAAAAGGGAAGUCAAAAAACUUGCUUCUGCUAAAUCCAGUCAAACCGCACAUGAGGAAUUACUUGAGUCUGGAUUGGCCAAUGCUCACAUGGCAUCUGCAGAUCAACGAGAAAGACUGACAAUGUCAACGGAGAGAUUAAAUCAAUCUAGUGACAGAAUUAAGGAAAGUAGGAGAGCUGUAUUUGAAACAGAGGAACUCGGAGUUUCAAUUCUUCAAGAUUUGCAUCAACAACGAGAAACUCUCUUAAAUUCUCAUGCAAAGCUCCAUGGUGUAGAUGAUGCCAUUGAUAAGAGCAAGAAAGUGUUGACAUCAAUGUCAAGAAGGAUGUCCAAGAACAAAUGGAUCCUUGCAUCUUUGAUUGGAGCCCUUGUGCUUGCAAUCAUCCUUAUCUUGUAUUACAAGCUUUCUCAUUAGCAAAAUCACAUUUUACCAUAUUGGAUGUACAUAAUCAAACAUAUUGUUGUUUUAAACCUUGUGUUUGGUUGGUUGUUUAGAAACCAUCUCUUGUUUGAACCUUCGUUGUAUAAUGAAUAUUAACUUUGAUUUCUUUUCAAACAUGAUCUGGUUAUGUUGUGUGAA